GCAAAACCGGCCGCCGGCCUGAGUUAUGACCAGCUAAGCGCCGCUUCUUGCGCUCUGCGACAAUGCGGCAGACCGUACCGUGCUCCGCGAUGCAGAUUUGGCCCGCUCGGCGACCACUGUGGGCUCUGAGAGGCCCGCCGAGCCUGGAUCCGCCGGCGGGGUGCCCUGGCGCGGCGGUGCGCGUGUCCGGAUGCAACGUGGUGGAGCGCCGCUGCCAGUGCGCGCUGGCGGCUGCCUGCCCCGGCGAGCGGCCCUUUGCCUACUCCUCGUACAGCGAGUGCCAGCUCAACCUCGACUACCUGCUGGCCAACGAGCUCGCCGAGGAGCAGCAGGGCCUCGUCACUACAGAAUCGCCGGGCGACACGGCCACGCCUGGAGGAAGAUAACAGUUAAGGAACAUACCUGACCAUGACCGGGUAUUCGAAAACGAAGAGCGUAUAACCUAGAUUUGUGACCAUACACAUAGCAUUUGAACUUUGUAUAUAAGUUGUUACAAAUAAUAAAGUAUUUAUAAUACUUGUCUGACAUUAAAUUGCUUUCCGGUGAAUCCUGUAUUGCGAGACUAACGGAAAUAGCCACAUUUCAUUUAGCUAAUGAGAAAUAUAUUUAAUAAUCCAGAACAAAUAUU